AUGGCGAAAGGAAAAAAGAAAAAAAUGCGAGCUAUGAUGGAAAGAUCAGAUUUGAUUAGUAGUCUUCCUGAUGUACUUCUAGCUUUUAUAAUUUCUUUUCUGUCAGGCGAGGAAGCUGUGAGAACAAGCGUGCUUUCAAAUCGUUGGAAAACAUUGUGGAAGUACUCAUAUCACCUUAGUUUUGACCAAAGACAAAUAUUGAAGCAUUUGAUCAAAAUUGACAAUCAAAAUUCUAAACCAAGAAGUCGCCUUGCAAGGGAUGUUCAUCCAAAGAUUCUCGGAAUUCAUCCUGAAGAUAAUGCAAAGUUGGAUACAGUUGCUGAAGCAUCCAUGUUAAUUAUGUCAAUCAUGGAUAAACACAUUGGUCCAUUGAAAAGCUGUAAUAUUCGGCAUUUAGGUAUGAGUUGUGUCAAUGGAGAUGUUGUGCGGUGGAUGAAGAAACUACUUGAGAAAGGGGUGGUAAAGGUUUCAAUGGGACUUGAGUCCUAUGAAUAUUUUAUAACACUAAAUUAUAUUCUUUUGGGGCAAGCUAAACGAACUUUGGAUUUACCUUUUGAGAUUUUCACUAGUUUUGAGGUUCUUGAGUUGAAUCAUUAUUGUUUUAUAACUACACCUUCCCUUGAUCUCAACCAGGUUUUGAAAACUCUUACCCUCAAUCAAGUGUGUGUUUCAUCAAACAAUUUUCAAGAGAUUAUUUCUCAUUGUUCAUCUCUUGAAAACCUCACACUUAAUAACUGUGAUUUCUCUGGAGAUGAAGUUAACAUUGAUAGUUCAAGUCUCAAAUAUUUUAAAAUUUUGGAUAUGAAUGUGCAAAAGAUGUUGGUUUCUGCAGCUAAUAUGGAAGUCAUAGAGAUUGAAUCCAUCAUUUGUAUUGAUAAAGAUCUAGCUUUUGAGACCCCAAAACUUCAUAUUCUUCGUGUUCAUAAUGAUGUUAAAAGGAUUGGGCAAUAUUUGAGAACAAGGGACAUUAUUGAAAUUUGUGGUGGCAUUGUGGUGAGUCUUUCUUCUCAUAUCACCUGUAUUUAA